AUGGCUGUGUAUUGCCAAGAGGUCUAUCUGUUGGAGGACAAGUUCAACGGUCUCGAACUUAACCACAUCCCAAGACGGCUCAAUGAAGCAGUUGACACAUUGGCGAAAAUGGCAUCAAGCCGCCAGCCUGUCCCGUCUAGCAUCUUUGCUAGCAAUCAGUACAAGCUCUCGAUCCGCUACGAUGAGCUAGCAAAGGCCGGGGCUGAACCGCUUGCCCCGGACUCGGCGGCUCGCCAACUGACGACCUUUUCCAACCAUGAGGUCAUGGAUCUCGACUUGGAACCAGCGAUGGGGCCUGACCUCCCGACCGACUGGAAGUUGCCAUAUCUCAACUACCUCCUCCACGAGGUGCUCCCGACUGACAAGAUAGAGGCCCGACAGCUCGCAUGCCGCGCUAAGUUCUUCGUCAUCAUCGAAGGGGAGCUCUACAAGCGGAGUCACACCAAGAUCCUACAGCGUUGUAUCCCGAUUGAACAAGGGAAGCAGCUGCUGUAG